AUGAAUUCAAAUCAAUCUUCACCAAUUAAGACCAAAUCAUCAUCUAAGGUCAUUGAUGAUUUACAUUCUAAAAUUGAUUCAUUAACUAUUGAAUUAACAAAUGAAAAACUAUCAAAUCAAGAAUUGACUAAAAAAAAUCAAAUUUUAUCAAGUAAAAAUUCAUCAUUUUUGGAUCAAGUUGCAAAUAUCAAACAUGAAAAUGACAUGUUAAAUGCAUUGUUAAAAAGAAAAGAGAGAAGAAUAGUAGACUUAGAAAAUGAAUAUCAGUCCAUUGUUGAAUCAAAUGAAAAUUUAAGUUUACAACAAAAACAAAUAAAGAUUAGAUAUGAUAAUUUACAAAAGAAUUCUCAGUCAUCGGUUGAAGAAUUGGAAAGAUUAAAAGUUAAUUAUGAUACUUUGGAAAGUUCAUUAUUGGCCUAUCAACAACAUUAUAAAUCUGAAAUUGAUAAGCUCUCAACUAGUUUAAAUGAAUAUAAAUCUAAACUGUUGGAAAAUUGGGAAAAUAGUCAAAAAUUAAUUGGUGAUAAUAAUUCAGAUAUUGAAUUUCUAAUUGAUUCAUUACUGAAUAAAAAGAAAUUAAUGGAUAAUAUAUAUAAUCAAAAGAAUAAUAAAAUUUUAAUCAUGUUGACAAAUUUAACAAAAUUGAUUAAAUUAAAUGGUGAAGAGAAUAAAAAUAUACUUGAUGAAAAUUUACAAGUUUUAAAAUUAAUAUUGGAGAAAUAUCCUGAUUUGGAUGAGAAAUUAUUAAAACAUGAUAAUAUUGAAGUUAAUAUGCUGGAGAUAAUUAAUGAUUCAAAAGAAUGUAUGGAAUUUAUUUCAUUUGAAGAUGAUUCAAAUACUUCAACAACAACUAUAAAUAGUACAAGUUCAGAUGAUAAACAACCAAAUGCACCAGUUGAUUUAACUGCUAAAAAGAGAAAGAAUAAGAGAAAUUCAAUGAUGUUGAAAGAAUCACCAGCUAUAGUGGAAAAUAAUUCAAUAUCAAAGAAACAACCACAAUUGAAUAAUAAUAUUAUAAAUCUACCAAAGAAUAAUUAUUAUCAAAAACAAUUUAAUACAAGAAGGUUAAAUACUCCGCCAACUACACCAAGACAAUAUGUUGAAAAUUUUGAGAAUAAUCAUAAUCAAAAUAAUUUCGACCCUGGUCAAGGUUAUCAUAAAAAACAGUAUUCUAAUAGUGGUAACAUAAGGAGAAAUGGUUCAAUUAAUAGAAAAACCAGCAACAACUCAAACAGUUCAAGUAAUAAUAAUAUUAAACAAAAUAGAAGAAGGUCAACUUAUAAUGAACCAAAUAAUAGAAAUUCACAAAAUUUAGAUCAAAAUUUUGCAAUUAAUUAA